AUGGAAGAGGACGCCAAUAUAACAAGAAGCAUCAGCUCCUUUAUCCUACUGGGAUUCCCCACUUCUCGACCAGUUCAAAUUCUGCUCUUCUUGAUUUUUUUUUUUAUAUAUCUUUUAACCAUUGUGGAAAACCUGAUUAUCAUAAUUUCAAUUUGGACUAAUUCCAAACUGCAUAAGCCAAUGUACUUUUUCCUAGGGCACCUAUCCUUCUUGGAAACAUGGUAUGUUACCGUCACCGUGCCCAAGCUACUUUCUGUAUUUGUAGCUGAAAGUCGAGAAAUUUCACUUACUUCUUGCAUGGUACAGCUAUACUUCUUCAUUGCCUUGGUGUGCACUGAGUGUAUUUUACUGACUGUCAUGGCCUUUGACCGUUAUGUGGCCAUCUGUAAUCCCUUACAUUAUGUUACUAUCAUGAAUUGGAAUUUCUGCAUCCUCCUGGCAUUUGGAUCAUGGUUCACUGGCUUUCUUACAUCGCUGAUUAAAGUUUAUUACAUUUCCCGUGUCACCUUUUGUCGUUCCAAUGUUAUAAAUCACUUCUACUGUGAUGUCUCACCCAUUCUCAAUCUCGCCUGUACAGACAUGAAGUUAGCUGAGCUUGUUGACUUUGUACUUGCCUUAUUGAUACUUUUGGUACCAUUGCUCUUAACAUUUGUAUCCUACAGCUGUAUUCUACACACUGUUCUUUCCAUUCCCACCUCCAGUGGGAGACAAAAGGCCUUUUCGACUUGUACAUCUCAUUUGGUUGUCGUUGUUAUAUUCUAUGCAGCCACCCUCUUUAUGUAUGCUAGGCCAAAUAGGGCCAGGGCUGUUGACUACAACAAACUGGUGUCUGUCAUCUACACAGUAAUAACACCUUUACUCAACCCAAUGAUAUACUGUUUGAGGAAUAAGGAGGUUCAGCAAAUUUUAAACAAAAUGUUGUUUUCUAAAAAUUCGGAAUUCUAA